GAGCCUGCGGGCAAACGCACCGCACACUUACCAGCCACAUCCUACCACCGCAGCAUCGCUCCGGCCCUGCCUUUCUGUCUGCCAGACCGCCCCGCGGUUGUCUUCUUCCGCGUACGACAGGAUCAGACAAUCGGCCGUCUGGGUGGUCACUGGCAGAUGCAUCAAAAGCUCGCGGCCACCCUGUCCUCGACAUCGAUACAUGGGAGUAGGGCAGCUCCUUCAAACACAUCGCACGGAUCCAGAGAGAAAAUAGUUGGUGGAUGGCCGUCUGGGUUGCACGAGGGCACCGGCGAGUAUGUCCCUGACCAAUGCAACGACAUGAGACCGCCGCCCAUCGCCGUUCAACUCAUCUAUCAUGUUCCGACGGCCAAACAGCUCAACCCCGUGGUGCACGGUGCAACCUCCUCCACCAUCAUCGUCCCGGAUGCUGUGAAUGAAGCGGCACGGUGUAUACAAACACCAGGGGCUUCCGACUGCUAUCGGCAGGAUUUGCGGCUCGUUCAGAGGACCUAUCACGUCCCCGGCGAUGUUUCCGGAGCUAGGCAAGCUCAAAGACUAGGGUGGUUCCCUUUGCGAAGGCGACAUGUGUGCCUAGAAUGGUUAACGUUCGGGCUACCUAUCAUCCACCGGACUAGAUGUUGCGCGCCCGUCCGCAACCAAGGACAACGAUGUCGACCCCAAUGGUCGACGUCUGCAACGAUCUUCGGCAUUUCCUCUCCAUACCCAACGGCGUACACAUAUACCGCUGGGGAUUGCUAGUCAUUUGGUGGCUAUGGCAUCGGAUGCGUCUUCAAAUCCAAUCAGCUCCACGACUUACCACACCAUCACUCCGACUUCGGUGGAUGAGGUCCCCGACUGCAUCUGCAUCCUCACUUUGACUGGCACGGAGUGCCAAAGGGAAUGCGCCG